AUGUUCGAAGACGUACAUCCAUGGAUGAUACCACUCACAUUCUUCUACGUGAUUAUCAUUCCAAUUGGGGUUUUCAGUAAUAUCAUCAUGAUCAUUUGCUUCUUCAUCAAUCCACGCCUUCGUUCUCCAUUUCAUAUUCUGCUCACGCUAACCUGUCUAGCCGAUGGAAUUCACGUCUGUGGUCAGAUUGUUUUCGUCGUUCAGCUACUCACGAAUACCUACUCAUACCAAUCAACAUGUUAUUUUCUCAACUUUUUCCCAGUAAUUGGUUUGACUAUUGCUGCUCCUCUUCUUAUGGAAAUUGGAUUGGAUCGUCUUCUUGCCGUCUCGUUUCCAAUUAAAUACCGCGGAUUUCAAUUCCAAAAAGUUUUGUACACCUCGAUUCAUCUCGUCUUCCCGAUUCUCUACACGACUUCAAUCCUCUAUCUUGGUUUCAUGGAACGAAAUAAUGAACUUGUGAAAUGCGCCAUACCAACUGCUUUGGCAGGCGUUUCCUUCAAAGUGUUCACUCUUUCGAGCCAUGUAAUUUACAUGUCAAUUAUCUUGGCCUACUUGAUGACAGCUGUGCUUCUGAAGUUUCAUGAUACAAGUUCUCGAUUCAAAGCAGUUUUCAAAUCAAUCGGAGUCACAGUCGGAAUAGUUCUCUUUGGAUGGGCCAUAACUACCGUAUCCAACACUUUCGGAUAUUUUGUCACCGAUGAUUUCGAGAUUUUCAAUCUGAUUCAAAUGUAUUCUGGAAUAACCGUUAACAUUGCAAUUUCAUCAAAUUUGUUCAUUUUUUACACAAUCAACCCUGAAUACCAACUGACUGUCAAAAUGUUAUUGGAUGGCUCAUUUGGAAAACUUCCAACCUUCACAGAUUCUGCUAGUGAACUACAAAAUCUUCGGAAAAAUACGAAAUCUCAAGAAUCUUAA